CUGACUCUUAGGCUUUUGUUGGGUUCUCGUCGUCUCAUCCUCCCUCUCUCCUUAGUGCUGGCAGUGCAGAGCGGUUCAGAUGGUGGAUGUCUUACAGGCAACGGUGCAGGAGAUUUUGAAUGAGAUCUCCCGGCUCGAAAAGGGCCAAGCGGCAGGGACUGAGGACUAUGUCCAGUUGCUUUCGGAUGUGGAGCGAAAAGCGCCGCUGCUGGGCAGGCGCACCGUGCCCUUGGAGCUGCUGAAGCAUCUGGAUGAGGGUGGCUCGUUGGAAAGCUGGUGUCGUGACCAGGCGAAGCGGUACGUCGAGACUCUGAAGGAGAAGCAGGAACGUGGCAAGCCACUGAAGUGCCUGACCAGGUGUGGCUCGUGGUGGCGGUUGGGUCCUAACCAUCUGGGUUUGAUUCCUGGGCAUACUCAACCAAGCAAUUGGUGAAUCAACCAAGCACAGUGCUGGGUGGUUCAUGGAGCUUUUUUAGCAUACUUGGGGUGGUAUGCUGCACGGGGGGGAUUCUGGAAGCCAAAGGGAACCGAUAAUUUAUCUGGAAUCCUCGCAGAGGAGGAACAUGGCACAAGCUUAAGCUCAAGCAUGGUGACCUUCCUAUUGUGGAUAUAACGGUUUUUGUUUUCCCGUACUCCAUCCAGUGCUUGGUUUGAACCCCUGUGCCUGGUUGAGCGUAUGGAAUACUCAAUCGCAGCCAAAUGGAUGCUCUGCUGCGAUCACCCUCGCAGCCUGAUUCUUGCACCCCGUCGGUCGGAGAUGUGCUGGGCGAGAGAUGAACAUGGAUGAACACCGGCAGGAUCUGCAGGAUCUGCCGAUCGAUCUUGAAGGCUUCACCUUUCAUUUUGUAUCAUUUUGUACUUAUU